UGGCUUGGCCGCCUGGCCCGCUUGGCGGCUUCGUUGGUUUGGACCUGACAAAUGUUUGGAUCCUUUGAAGGCGUGUUUGUGAAGUGUUCUGUGUUCAAACGUCUUUUUUCUAUGCGUUGCCUUCCUGUCGGUCUGCUUCUCCAAUUUUAGGGGGUAAUGUGUGUGGCUAUGUGAAAGAGCAGCGCUAGGCGGGUCCCUUCCUACAAUAUAGUGGUACUGAUGUCCCAGAAUUAUAUGCCAGCUUGUACAACUUUCACUUCAAGUACAUUUUUUGAAAAACUCUUUGUUUGAUUGCAGCAUUUUGGGCUGCAUCGACAACACGAAACAGUGAUGCAGCAAUGUCAAGAGACGUUUACCUUAAGCUCGCCAGAAUGGUCUCGAAAGUAUGGUGAAAUGGACAGCAUUGAGAGAAGCCCUGAUGACUCUCCACACCCACGUCAGAGUAAAGCAGCAAGGCAAUCAUCUUUCCUGUUUGUUGAGAACGUCCGAAGGAUGGAUACGAAAGCAGGGUCCCCAACAAAUUAUUCGAUACAACGGUAUUUCAACAGCAUUAUAAAUGUUACACCCACACAAACAGAUGUUCAAGGCCUUAUAGGAAUCCCACAGCAUAGCCCAAUAGCUAUCUCAGAAGCUUCUCAAGUUUCGGUACAGACACCGAGAGCUAUAGCAGACGAUGUGCCGGAGCAGAGCUUGCUGACUGUUGAUCCUCUAGUUGCCAAAGAGCCAGACGACAGUGCAGUGGUGAAGAGUCCUCAGAGGAGAGUUAGUCAGAGAUUAGCCAUUGCAUUCCCAUACAAUGGUUGGACAAAGGACUCGCCUGCUGGCAUGGAUAAAGACGAACAGCCCAGCGAACAGCCCAACGAACAGCCCAGCGCCAGCAGUGCCAAGAGGAAACCUAAACAACACCCAAACAGCACUGGAAACUCCAGCAAUAGGACAAAACACUCGAGUGAUCAGGAUCGAGGAACAGGAACAUGCAGCGCCCCUGGUAACCAAAGCCAGAGUCCCACCAAGGUUCAAGAAAAUGAAUCUCUAGGGGAUCGCACACCUUGUUACAAUUUGCGAAGAAACAGACCUGGUAUAGUUAAACCACAGCCAGCAACAGUAAAUAACUUCAAAACCAAAGCCCCUAAUGUGUGUGAACUAGGGAAUAAGAAUGCAUUGAAUGCAGCUGACGUGAAGCAAGAAGGGAGCAAAAUGGCCAACAGCAGCAAGUUUAAGCACAAAAGGACGCGCCCGCCAUCUCCGAGCUCCAGCUCUUCAUGCGGUUCUCAGAAAGGGGGCGGGCCUGAGCUAUUGCCAUUAAUCUCUCGGGACCUGUGGAGCUCAAGAGAUUUCCAGAGACCACGGAAACCUUUCAGCAGCUUCGCAAACCGAGCCUUUCCCGAGCCAGCUUCCGCCAGGAGCGAAACCAAUGAGCAGCGAUUCAUGAGAGAGGUGUUUCCUGAACUUGUCAAGAAAAACAGUGUCUGGGCCAGGUUGGGAACGACUGUCACGCAAGAUAACUUCAGAUCCUUUCCGAGCCCUCAGACACCCAGGAAGAGCCCACUUGCAGUGCCUGCUGAAUCAAGGCCUGAUGGGCCUAGUGGUCAUCAUGAAGGAGCAGCCGUACAAAAGAAAAGCCUUUGGUCUACACCAAAAGUCUUGCGCUCUCAGGGUUCCGAAAGUAAUGAGGGAGUUGGGCUAACAGAGAAGAGCAAGAUUAAGGCAGUAAGUGCUUUAAAAUGUGGGACCAGUUUACAGCUGGAACGUGCAGAAGUUGCAAAGGAUUUUGAGGAAUUGCAAGGCAAAGCAGUUUUACCGGUGACUGGAGAUGCGGCGCCUGUACGCUGUGAAACUCCGGAAAACCUUGGAGCUGAAAAUGAGGCUUUUGAAUUGCCGAGAAAGAAGCUGCGUGCAUCAAAGGCGUCAUUAGCGAUCGACUCUCGCCUGGAAACUGUAAAACCCUGGAAAAAUUUUUGGCACAUCUCAGGGAGAUCUUUGAACAAAACCACUGGGCACGACAAAAGUCCAGUAGCUGGAUCGAAAGUCGCUAAAGAAAAAGCACUUCCUGAACCACCUGCAACUAGCGCAGAGCUCUUGGACAGCACGGGUGAAGAAAAUAUUUCUUGGAUCGAGUCACUCUGGAGGCAAAGGAAGUCCGCACUGAGGUCCAGAAAAUUUCCAAGUACUUAUCCCAGCCACAAGGUCUCGAAGCCACCUGCACUUGGAAAGAAAUCCAAUCCACCCACUGAACCACCUAAAGGCGGCCUUGAUCACAAAGCCAAGGAUGCCACUGUACAGACAUAUGACGUUCAAAAGGAAGUCAAGGACGCCAUCGCACAAACAUCUUUCAUGUGCAUGAUUGGAAAGAGCAUCAACUUGAACAGAACAGAAAAGAAGCACUUGCGUAAAGCAUUUCACGCCAAGGAGGAGGAAGUGCAGUUCAUGGACUUGUCCCGAAAACAAGCCCUCGGCAAUGGCGCUAUUGUCUUUGGCCACUAUUUUUCUACUGACACUGCUACCUUUGGUGUUAUGAGACUAGACCCAAGUUCUGAAAAGGCAUUGUCUGCAAACAAUGAUCAUGACAUGUUUCUUUAUGCUGUUGACACUGGAGUGAACAUAACUACAUUAGGAGGUACUUGGAUGCUUCUCCCAAAAGGAUCCACUUUCUACAUCAGCAGAGGCUUACCAUUUAGGCUGAAAAAUCUCAGUGAGACAAUGGUGAAGAUUCUUUAUGUACUCACAGAGCCGUCCACAGCUGAUCCAGUGACGUGAUUUUUCAUGGACAUCUUAUGGAAAUAUUGUCAGUGCCGUGAUUUUUUGUGGACAUCUUAUGGAAAUAUUGGGAACACCGUAAUUUUUAUUGUAUUCUUGUAUUUGCAAAAUUGUGUGAAUAUUUUUUCUUUUACUUGUACAGUUUUACCCUCGGACAAAUACAUGUCUAGAACUUCUUAAAGGCAUUUUUUAUUGAUAUUUCAAGGUUGUCGCUCCUGAUUUUUAGUUUGGACAAUUUCGUACAUGCAAAGGCAUGCUCUGUGCAGCAUUUAGGGGUGUGCGAAUAUUCGAAACUAUUGAGUAACAAAUUAAAUAUUGCACUAUUUGAUUCGGUCUUUUAAUUGAAUAGUGACUAUAUUUGUAAAUACGAAUGUUUUUCCAAUAUAGUUUUCAAAUUCUUGAAAUCGCCGACUAUCCGAUAAUUUCAACCCAACGGACGUGACCGACAUAAAACAUGUGAAGUUACGUAGUGGAGCAUACUACACUCACUCGGGUAGCCAUACUUUUUUUGACUAUCAUUCACACUCACCAAUAAGUCCUGAGCAUGCAAAUAAACUGCUUGAUUUCCCCUAAUCCUCCGUUUGUGCUUUUAAUAAAGAAUGCUUCAUAACUUGCAUUCUCGCUAAUUUUGUGAAUAUUUUAGGACAUGAAGAUUGAUAAUGAGAACAACUGUUCAUUAUUUGAAAACUACUCAAAAAGUAUUCUAUAUUUGAUAAUUCAAUUUGCUUCUGGCACUAUUUUAAUGAUAUUCUAUUUGGUCUCGGAAAUUGAUAUUCGCACCCCCCCUAGCAACAUUGUCUCGAGCCAAGUGUACAAAUAUUUAACUUGCAUGCUGUGUACAUAGUUCCUGCUGCACUAUCGUGCCUAAAGUUGAAUGUUUUGCUUGCUUAAUUUAGUCUUAAGAAUGAAUUCAUCAUACCAUGAAAUUGUACAUAUACUGUAACUGUUUCUUUGAAUUAAAAAGAAAUUCACAUUUCUUGUGAUGAAUGACUUCUAAAAAUAGCGUUAUCUUUACAGGAAGCAUCACCUAUAAUUUAAGUUGUACUUUAAACAAGAAAGUCUGUCUUGUAGUAAAAUCAUUGACCUGAUUCCUUUUUUUUUUUUCUU